AGCGUUGCACUACAUGAGUCGGGGGCUCCCGCAAGGCGAUAUAUAGGCUCCCACUCGAUUUGAGGCGGCUCAGUUCAAGGUUGUUGGUUGCAAGUGUUGCAUUCGAAGCUCAGACACGAGAUAGAGAGAUAGAGAUAGAGUGAGAGAGAGAGAGAGAGAGAGACAGAUCCUCUUCUCUUAUAACUAACACAAAGGAGGAAUUAAGAAUCUCGCCGAGAUGAAGCUGGAUAAAAGGUUACUUGGCGCGUGUCUGCCUCUUCUGCUGGCUACAGCCAGUGUCUAUGGUGGCCCAGUCAAGCGCCAGGCUGAUGGAGUACCUGCCAAUACCUCGUUAGCAGCAACGUUGCCAGAGAAUCCCCUGGAACUCGAUGAACUCCCUUACCAGCUAUCUGCAGCUAACUGCAGUGGUGCUUCAGUUGAGGAAAUGGCCAUCGGUUCGGAGGAGACCUGUGUCCACAUAGGCAACGUCGAAGGCUACGUGAAUCUGGUCAUGUCUAUGAUCCCUCUGCAGAUCUACUACGAAAACAACCAAGAGUUCACGGACAUCUUCAAAAACUACGAUUACGACUUGGGAGUGGCGCAAGAGCACGCUAAACUCUGGAGGAACGGAGACAGCAUCGUCUUUGGCAUACGUCAGACGUUCGAGCUAGCUAGGCAGUUUGAGCCUGAGUUCACUAGGAAGUAUAUCAUCAACCAAGAACGAGUAGA